AUGUGUAUCUCAUCAUACAUGUUAAUACUCUCUCUCUCUCUUUUUUCUCAAGGUUUUCUACUCUCAGUUUCAAAAUCUCUGCAAAAGGUAGAAGAUAAAGAUAUGCUGCUAACCACACUAAAUCUAGGAAAAACUCCUCGAAAUGGAGACAGAACUUUGAACAGAGGAGCUAUACCUUUCCUGAAGCGUUAUAAGACUGAAGACAGCAGUGUUUUGGAUGAAGAUGAUGACAGAAACAGGAUGUUUUUGGGCACAGGCUCCAGACAGGAUUUCUUAAAUCGUGUUAUGCCAAUCAACUUAGGUAGAAAGCAACUACCUUAUCUUGCACUGAAGGGACCCAUGGCUUUUCCAGCUGACACUGAAAUUCAAAAUAUUGAAUCAAUACAGGAAAGAGAGACUGCGGAUGAAGAAAAUUCAGCUAAAUUCCCUAUAGGAAGAAGAGAUUUUGACAUGCUCAGAUGUAUGCUGGGAAGAGUCUAUCGACCUUGUUGGCAAGUCUGAAAACUACUGAUCUACACCACCUUCUUUGAACAUUAAACAUUUUGUUAUGAAUUUAAUGUAAUCUGAAGUUAUUGUGUUUUAGUGUAGCUGUACAUACACAUCCAAAAAUACUUUCCUACCGCAUUGUAGAGGAAAACAUAA